AGCGAAUCGCACGAUCGCGAGAUUUUCGUUCGGAUCGUUGUUUUGUGUAGAAUCACGGUGUAAGGAAGAAAAUCGCGGCCUGCUAUGCAGCAAACGAUUUGGCAAACGUGACUAAACUUUGGCGCGGAUCGAGGCAGAUGCAGUUUACUGCUCGCUCACGUAGGGGUGUGACAGUGGAAGCGGGAGGUGGCUGCCAAAAUAGAAUCUGCAUCUUUCUGGCUGCUGUCGUUAUAGUCAGUGUUGAUUUCUGGUAGCAGUAGAACAAGUUAGAUUUAAUUUCUGGUAUCUUUUGGCUGGCGACCGUUAAGCAUUAGAACUAGACACAGACAGGUGAAAUCGUGAUUCUCUCGUGCUGUAAUCAAGUGUCUGUGCAGAAAAGCGCCGAGUCGCCAUCGGUGGUCAGGGAUGGAUUUCCUGCUGGGUGGCUGUGCGGCGACCUGUGCCGGAGUGUUCAGCAAUCCGUUCGAUGUGAUCAAGACGCGCCAGCAGCUGCAGGGAGAACUGGUGGACGCGGCCGAGCUACAGCGAAAUCCCUACCGAUCGAUCACCAAAUCGAUCGAGUCGAUCUUGAAAGCAGAGGGACUGGCAGGUCUACAGAAGGGACUUGUUUCGGCACUGGCAUUCCAGUUCACGAUGAACAGCAUUCGGCUUGGAAUCUAUCAGACGGCGGAGAAUUACGAGUGGACCCGGGGCAGGAGUAAGUUUGGAACGCUGAUGUACUCCAUUCUCUGGGGUGGGUUUAGUGGUGUUAUGGGUACGACCGUUGCCUGCCCACUGUACAUGGUCAAGACCCAGAUCCAGGCAAGGUCUCACGGGAAGUAUGCCGUUGGAUUUCAGCACAAUCACACCGGAACGUUUGAUGCGUUGAGUGGGAUCUAUCGGACGUACGGGUUGAAGGGACUGUGGCGAGGAUAUUCGGGAAUCGUUACGAGGACGGCCAUCGGAUCGUCCGCUCAGCUGGCGACCUUCUCGAACUUUAAGGAAUUUUUCGUGCAGUUUGAGAUCUUCCAGCAGUCGGUGGUGUUGACGGCGUUUGCUGCCAGCAUGUUCAGUGGAUUCUUCUGCUGUGUGUUUAUGUCGCCGUUUGAUGUCAUCGCCACGAGGCUGUUUAAUCAAGGAGUGGACAAUCGCGGCAAGGGUUUACUCUACCGAAGCGUCUGGGACUGCUUCCGGAAGACGCUGCGGGCCGAAGGGCUGCACGGACUGUACAAGGGAUUCGUGCCCAAUUACUGGCGAAUCGCUCCGCACACCAUCCUGAAUCUGACCUUCUGGGAUCAGUUCAAAAGUUGGAAGGAUUUGUACUACUGACCGGCUGUCGUGCUUGAUUGUCACAACGCGGCUUAGCUUAAUUCGCUUGGUGCUUGAUUGGUAUUGAUUCUAUGAUGAUCCGAAAUUCGACUAAUAAUUGACCUGCGUUAAGCCAAACCGAGCUAAGCGCCAUAAUUUUUUUCGUAUAUUUUUCGUACCAAAAUUCAUUUUUCGAUAACUUACCAUUUACGUAGAAAGUCAAAGAACACUUGCUUGCUUUCGUUUGCCAUUUGAGCUACCAAAACAUAAUAGAUAUUAGAGUUCCUGAUGAUACAUUGGAUGUUAAAGCGAUGUUAGAUAAAGUACCUCAAAAUGGCGCUUGGUCCUCUUUGGCUUAACACAGGCCAAUUGUAGCCUAGCCUAAAAAUGCAAAGUUUUUAUCGAAGUGAUAUUGUACAGUCGGUUUGAGCUGCAACUAAUGCUCAAACACGUGUAGUGCGAUAAGUUAUGUUAGUGCAAUAUUGAACGAAAUAUAAAAAGCAAUUUAUUUUUUGUCGAA